CAGCGACAGAUCUGACGUACUGGGCAGCUUGAGGCUGAGAUCCAAGCAGCUGCGAUCGAAAUCCAUUGAUUUUUUGAUUAAGCGAUGAACGAGAAGCACUUCGAGCUGAUAGAAGGCCUCGUUGGCAAGAGAUACGCCGACCAGGCACUGCAGGUGGGUGACGCACACCAAGGCAACGGGGCCGCCGACCCAUGACGAUCUGUGAUGCUGAUCUUCUGGCUCGUUCACUCAUUCACCAGGCCAGGAGGUCGCGAGCGAAGCUACUGAGCGUGUAAGCGGAAGGAUACAGAUCGGCCCGUUGUCGCGAUGACGAUGUGUUUGGUGCGUGUGUGCAGGUUGCUGACUCAUCGGAAGCUGCCAUCAGAGGGCUGGGAUGACCUCACCGUACAAGCACUCAUACACGAGAUCGCUGCCAUGGACAGGUGCCACCGCUCACACGCUUUGUGGCCGUCACGUCUGUGUGUGUUUGUGUGUGUGUGGUGCGUGCGUGUGGAUCAGCAACAAUUUUCUUGGCAAUGUCGGCGUGGGUGAGAGGGAGGGCCGCGUGUACUCGUCGCUGGUCAAGCAAAGGCACUUCUACCUCACACACGGGAUCGGCAGGUCAACUCACACUCAGCCACACCAAGAUACAAGCAGCCGAGUGUUUGUGGUGUGCACACAUCCGCCUGUCUGUGUGCGUGUGUCUGUGCAGGUCGGGCAACAUAAUGGAUCUGCAGCCCAAGGCGGCCGGGUCGUCCUUGAUCAACCAGCUGACCACACAGCUGGCACUCGACGCCAUCCAGCAGGCCGGCAUCAAGGCAUGGAAACCACAGACACGCACGCACACACACAACGCCCAUUCAUACAAAAUGUGUUUGUGUAUCAGGCGGCCCGUUCGUGUGUGGUGAUGCCUCUGGCGACCGGCAUGGCGCUGACGAUGUGCUACCUGACGCUGAGGCACUCCGGGCCGCCUACUGCGAGAUAUGUCGUGUGGUCGCGCAUCGACCAGAAGGCGUGCUUUAAGGCCAUCAUCACCGCUGGUCAGUGAGCGAGUUGUCCUUGACGACGUCUGCGUGACCAUACGUCUGUGUGUACCAUAUGGCCGCGUGUGUGUGUAGGUUUUGAGCCGCUGGUGGUGCCACUGAUGCGUGACGGCGAUGCACUGUGCACCGAUGUGCCGGCAAUCGAAGGUGGGCAUCUAGACAUGCCGCAUGAAUGGUUUGGUUGUGUGAUCCGUCCGUCUGUGCGCAUCUGUCAGCUGCGAUAGCUCGUGUGGGCGCCGACAGUGUGCUGUGUGUGUCGACCACCACAUCAACAUUUGCACCAAGGGUGCCCGACAGCGUCGACCAAGUCGCGCAGGUCAGUCAGGAUACAACCCUCCCUCUCUGUCUGUGCACGUGUAUCUGUUUCUUUGCGAUGCAGUUGUGCAGUCGUGUGGGCGUGCCGCACAUCGUCAACAAUGCCUAUGGGCUGCAGUGCUCCAAGUGCUGCCACCUGGUGGAGACGGCCAUCCGCACCGGCAGGGUCGACGCAUUCGUCCAGUCGACGGACAAAAACUUCAUGGUCCCCGUCGGUAUGCAAACCACGCCACUGCAGAUGGUCGAUAUGACUGCCUGCCUGUCUGCAUUCUGUCCACUGCAGGUGGCUCCAUUGUGGCGAGUGGCGACACCAAGUAAUUCAUCACUCCCGGCACACCACUGGAUCGUUCCCAUGUGUCUUCCUGUCUGUCUGAUGUAGAUUUAUCGAUUCGUUGUCGCAGCUGUAUGCCGGCCGAGCGUCGAUGAGUCCCACUUUGGACUUGUUCAUGACGCUGCUGUCUAUGGGGGCCGACGGCUGGCGGCGACUGAGGGACAGCCGGAAGGAGCUGGCCGUGUGGUUCAAACAAGAGAUGGACACACUCGCACACAAACACGGUGAGGGAGGGAGGGAGGGAGGGGUCCGUCCAUGUGAGCAUCUGUGUGUUUAUGUGUGUGUCAGGUUGCCGCAUGCUCGACUGUCCGGCCAACAAGAUCUCAUUCGUCAUGGACAUCACGGCACUCAAGCACGGCACGACCAGAGGUGGAUCAACAAAUGGCCCCACUGCUGCUGAAGAUGGUGGUGUCGACAGCAAUGGCCGAUCGCUGACCUCACUCGGCUCCAUGCUCUUCACACACAGGCACGUACGCUUGAUGCCAACCAGCAACGCACACCUCUGCUGGGUGUGAAUGCAUCUGUGUGUGUGUGCAGGUGCAGCGGUCCCCGUGUGGUGCUCGCUGAGGCCCACCCCCCCACACGCGUCAAGGCCAAGCUCAUCGACGGCAGCCAUGACGACAACAACACAUCAGCAUCGGCCAGCGCUGCAGAGAACAGCGGCGGCGGUGAGAGUGAUGACGGCCGUCGCCAUGUGAAGGUGUUGAGUGGCCACCGGUUCGCCAACUACGGCGCCCACAGUGACGACUAUCCAUUCGCCUACCUCACUGUCGCAUGUGCCAUUGGUAGGCCAGCGCAGAACGAUGGAUGGGUGGCUGGCUGCUUGUGUCAACUCACAUGGUGUGUGUGUGCGUGUGUGUAGGGGCGACAAAAGAUGAGUUGCAAGUGUUUCUGAAGCGACUUGACGAGACGCUGACAGACUUCAAAUGACUGAUAUGCAU